AGCUGUGCUCGCAUCCGUCUUACUGGGACAACAGCUAUCAAAGAACUCCACUGACACACAGGAAGAAAGCUCACAUAAAAAGAUGCGAGGCUGCAUUUGGAUGUCACGAUUCGUGCAGAGUUGCCGAAAAAAAGACGAAUAAAAGAAGGAAAAUGCGCUUUUCAGUCACUGAGGAGGAUCAUUGAUGAUGAUGUCAUUGAUGAAUGGACAACAAGACAUUUGGAGCAUUUUUUCCAUGUCCUACUAGUGCGCUGAUUUGUCCAUGGACUGUACUAGUACUCCCUUUGUCCUCAAAUAUCAGACAAUUCAGCACACUAGUAACAUUUUUCCCACUACUAGUCCCAGUUUUGACCUCCUAGUAGAACCUUAAUAUAGUUACUGUAUCUUAAGGUCUAUGUACUCGUGUGCUCUUCUUUGGCCUCACUAGGAGGACAACACUGGCUUACUAGAACAACUUACUAGUGAGGCAAAAAUGUGCAUGAGUUGACAACUGUGUGCUACUUGUACAAGUUAACACCCAGCACUUCACUCGUAAUACCAGUAGUGCACAGAUGUCAACUAGUGUCAUUAUUAUUCGCUAACAUUUAGUAGUCCAACGAGUUCGCCCGAGUCGUUUUACUUGUGUGCUGAAUAUUCCAUUCACUAGUACGCCUUGUCCUCACUAGUAAGACAAUUCAGCACACUAGCAUGACAAGGGCACACUAGUCAAACAACUACAUGUUACUAGUGAGGCAAAACUGUACACUCGUUGACAACUGCGGGCACAGAGUACAAGUUACAUAAAAUUAUACGCGUUAACGUCUAGCACUGCACUAGUAGUGCACAGAUAUCAACUAAUGUAUAGUUUUGCCACACUAGUAAAACAGUUUCUCAAUCAGUGCUACUCUUUCUCUACUCGUGCUACUCUUUCUACUAGUGCACAGAAAUGUCCUACAAAAGUGGAAAAAAAUGUCGCUAGUAACACUAGCACACCAUAGUUAUUUUAUAGUGCGUUGAAUUGUCUUACUAGUGAGGACCAAGAGUGCACUAGUACAUGGACUUGAAGCUCAAACAUGGCAUAAUCACUCAAAUGUCUUUCCAUAUGUAUAGUAGUGGAAAAAACAUCACUAGUGCACCAGUUUUUGUUCUACAACCCGUCACGUACGGCGAGCUCAUCGUCUUGGGGCACAAUGGCUCUCUGGCCAGCGGGGACAAAGGUCGCAGGAGGAGUCGCCUGGCCCUUUAUAAGAGACCAAAAGCCAACGGGGUCAAACCUGACGUCAUCCACAACAUCUCAACACCUCUUGUGUCCAAGGCACUCAGCAACAAAAGCCAGCACAGCAUCUCGUACACACUCUCUCGCAGCCACUCUGUCAUUGUGGAGUACACGCAUGACACAAACACAGACAUGUUUCAGAUCGGCCGCUCCACCGAGAGCAUGAUCGACUUUGUGGUGACGGACACCUCUGGCGGAGGCGGGGGCAGCGGUUGCGCCGCCGGGGAGGGGGUCGGAGGUCAGUCGGCGCAGAGCACCAUCUCCCGGUACGCCUGCCGAAUCCUGUGCGAGCGCAGCGCCCCCUACACGGCCCGCAUCUAUGCCGCCGGCUUUGACUCUUCGAAAAACAUCUUCCUGGGGGAGCGCGCCGCCAAGUGGAGGACGUCGGACGGCCUGAUGGACGGCCUGACCACCAACGGCGUGCUGGUCAUGCACCCGGCGGGCGAGUUUGUCUCUGAGUCGGCUCCGGGAGUCUGGAGGGAAAUCUCCGUCUGUGGCAACGUCUUUGCCCUGAGGGAGACCCGAUCAGCACAGCAGAGGGGAAAGUUGGUGGACAACGAGUCCAACACCCUCCAGGACGGCUCUCUGAUCGACCUGUGCGGGGCCACGCUGCUGUGGCGGACCCCCGGCGGACUGCGCCACACGCCCACCCUCAAACAGCUGGAGUCCCUGCGCCAGGAGCUGAACGCCGCUCGGCCCCAGUGCCCCGUGGGCUUCAACACGCUGGCCUUCCCCAGCCUGGCGCAGCGCGAGAUCGUGGACAAAAAGCAGCCGUGGGUGUACGUCAACUGCGGCCACGUCCACGGCUACCACAACUGGGGCUACCGCAAGGAGAAAAGCCCCGCCGGCCACGGGGGCACGGCCCCGGCGGCCACCGGGGAGAGAGAGUGCCCCAUGUGCAGGCGGGUGGGCCCCUACGUGCCGCUGUGGCUGGGCUGCGAGGGGGGUUUGUAUCUGGACGCGGGGGCGCCCACUCACGCCUUCUGCCCCUGCGGUCACGUUUGCUCCCAAAAGACGGCGGUGGGAUGGAGUCAGAUCCCGCUACCCCACGGGACGCACGCCUUUCACGCCGCCUGCCCGUUCUGCGGGACCUGGUUGACGGGCGAGCAAGGCCACAUCAAACUCAUCUUCCAGGGCCCCGUCGACUGAAGCAAAGUUAGGAUCUUAACCUAAUGGGAAGGGCACUCCGACGGACAGGAAAGUGGAAGCCCAGAUCGAGGCGGCACGUGGUACAUCAUGUGUAUAUGCAGAAUUUGUAAAUAAAUUGUGUUGACAUGA